UGCGUGACUAUGGAUUCCGUCUACGUGUGGAGAAGUGCCGAUUUCACCAGGAUCAAAUCAAGUAAGUACCUUGGACAUAUCGUUUCAGCUAAAGGUAUCCAAAUCGAUCCAGCCAAGAUUGCAGCCAUUUCGGAAAUGCCCGCACCAACCGACGUUCCCACCUUGCGCUCGUUCUUGGGUGCAGUCAACUUUUACGGCAAAUUCGUCCGCGAGAUGCACCAACUACGCCAUCCGUUCGACAGCCUUCUGAAAAAGGACACGAAGUUCGAUUGGAGUAAGGAGUGUCAGCACGCUUUCCAAAACAUCAAAAAAGUGCUACACUCUGGUCUGUUGCUCACCCACUACAAUCCAGAGCAAGAGAUUAUCGUGGCAGGAGAUGCGUCAAAAACUGGCAUUGGUGCAGUUAUUCUUCAUCGUUUUCCGAACGGCAUCAUCAAGGCUGUGUCACAUGCAUCGAGAUCGCUGACUGUAGCAGAGCAGAACUAUAGCCAAAUCGAAAAAGAAGCGUUGGCAUUGGUUUUUCCUUGCACGAAGUUCCAUCGUUUGCUGUGGGGUCGCCGGUUCACGUUUCAAACGGACCAUCAACCAUUGCUGAGAAUUUUCGGAUCCAAAAAGGGCAUUCCUGUACAUACCGCAAAUCGGCUCCAACGAUGGGCCCUGACACUUUUGGGAUACGAUUUCAACAUCGAAUACGUAUCAACUCGAGAUUUCGGUUACGCUGACGUACUUUCCCGGCUUAUCAGCAACCAUCCGAAACCCGACGAAGAAGCAGUCAUCGCUAUGGUUCGAGUCGAAGAUGACGUUAGUUCCUGUUUCCAUGACUCUAUUCAAGAUCUUCCAGUCACCCACGAGAGCCUGAAAUUCGCCACUAAGAAGGAUACCGUGCUCCAGAAGGCAAUUUCCUACGCACAAGGUUCCUGGCCAUCACGGUGCGACGGUAUCGAAGUUUUCUGGCCGACAAUAGAUGAAGACAUCACCAACUACGUUCGUAGAUGCCCAAGCUGUGCGAAUGCUGCAAAAUCUCCACCACAUGCUCAACCACAACCGUGGCCCCGAGCUGAAGGACCCUGGCAACGACUCCACAUCGAUUUCGCUGGACCUGUGGAUGGAGAAUAUUAUUUAGUUGUGGUGGAUUCUUUCUCAAAGUGGCCGGAAAUACUGCAAACUCGUUACCCGACUAUUUCCACAACGACCACAUUUCUUCGAGAAUGCUUCGCAAGAUUUGGAAUUCCUACAGUCAUUGUGUCGAGCAAUGGAAGCCAGUUCACUAGUGCUGAAUUCCGUGAUUUCUGCGAAGAAUUUGGGAUCGUCCAUUUCCGUACAGCUCCGUAUCAUCCACAAUAUCAAACGGGCAAGCGGUUUGUGGACACCUUGAAGAGAUCGCUGAAGAAAAUUGUCGACGGAGGAGAGAGGUCAAGCCUUACUGCGCUUCAAACGUUCCUGUACGUCUACAGAUCCAGUCCAUCAGCGGUUCUGAGUGGACAAUCUCCAGCCGAGGUAAUCCUUGGACGCAAGAUGAGGACAACUUCGGACCUGUUACGACCGUCACCCAAACCAGAAUUUCACCCACAACAUCAACCAGUCAAGCGAAGUUUCCUAGCUGGUGCUCGAGUUUAUUCCAAAGUCUACUCUGCAAACGAGAAGUGGAAGUGGAUGCCCGGUGUUGUGCUCGAAGCUAUUGGCAACGUCAACUACAACAUAUUAUUGGACUGCCAAGUUGGUCGACGCAAAGUGCUACGUUCGCACAUUGAUCAACUCCGAACGGGAAUGGAAGAAGUUGCUCCUGCACCAGCACCAUUACCCAUCUUGAUUGACGAUUUUGGACUUACUCCAGCUGAACCAACACCUCAGCUGGACAGAACCCAAUGUUCGAUCCAGAACGAUCAACCAACACCUAAUGAAGUACUGAACUUGGAUCAACCAACAUCCGAUGAGGAGCACGUUGAGUCAGCCGAGGUUCUUGAUCAUCAAGAUACGUUGUAGAGUGAAGGAGAUGAAACUCUACUGUCAAUGGAUGUUCCCCAGCCGAUUUAGACAUUGACACCUUUGCAACGUCCCGUGCGAUCAACCCGGCCACCAAUCAAGUUUCAAGAUUACCACUGCUACCAAAUUAGAGGGGGAGAUGCUACCUUGACUACCAUGACUGUUGAUAGAUCACAGUAGCCAUGCCAGAAGCAGAAGUGACAUGCUUUUAGAUUUGCGAUUACUAUUCUAGUUUUACCUUCCAACUAAUAAAGACAUAAAAUCCUCAAGCUCUCAUAAUUUAUUUGAUUACUGAGAAGGUAACAUUAUUGAACACCUGAAAAAUGUCUAGCGUUAUCUAAGUGAAAAGUUCGCAUUGUGAUUAGUCAAAGUAAUUGUUGAAAGAGCAAAGGGCAUAAGUAAUGUGUGCUCUCUCAGUUGUGCUGUAAAAAAGCGAUGUAGCGAUAAUGAUGCAACAUGUCAAGUUGCAUCGGACGGAGGUAUACAUUAUGUGACUAUGACAUUUUCUGGAUAUGGGCGCCGCAGUACGAGAACAUAAGGGUUGUUCAGCUUUGUUAAUUAGUUAGUAAAGAAAAUGUAACCAAGGAUGAGAACCAGUCUUUAUCGACUGUUGUUUCGGUCGUUGUAAAGAUGGUUGGGAUAAAUGUUUGUCCAGUUUACAAUAAACAAUGGUGAAGGUUAUUUGAUUCAAUGGUUUUCUUUUUUUUUCAGUUUUACUCUAGACAGUUACAACCAACGCCUAUACUGAGGCUGAGACCUCACAUGAAAAUAAGUAUCUGUUUUUGAAGGCUACUAUAGAGUUACAACAAAAUGACGCAAAAGGGCCACCAAAAAAUUCUCUCUCUCAUAUUUUUUUCAAAUAGCGUAGAAAGUUCGUAUCGUUUGCAGAUGAAAAACAUUUCAUUGGAGACUGUUCACGUACCACGUGUAAGAAACAGCACAAUUUUAGACUUCAGUUUGAGAACUCCUCUUUGAUGGACGUCCUGAUUGUUUCUCUGGAAAGAGCCGAAAUUUUUUGAACAAUCUAAACAAUAGUAUAUUUAGUAAAUUGAACGAUACCAGCAAUUUGUUGGCAGAAUUUCUCGAUUCGUAAUGAUCUAUUAUCAGUUUCCGGAUACCCUGUAAACAUUGCGAAUUUCCAACAAAACUAGUCGUUUGGAAGAUUGAAAUUAGAAAUUAGCUCAAUCUUAACAAAGACUUUUGACUAGAAUCGGAAAUUACAUCUUUUGUACUUCUAUCCGGUGCAAUUAUUAUGCAUACGUUUAUCAGAUCGUCGCAGUGAGAUGUCGAAGUGCUAUGUCCCACGAUGCCGGAACAGUAGUGAAACUGAAAGUGACGAAGGUAGCAGGAUAUCUUCCCAUCAUUUUCCGACAAAUGAGUCGUUGAGAUCGAGAUGACAAAUCUUUUUUGGAUACAAAAGUUCUUUUUUCUGUAUCUUAUCAUCAUUACAGUGUUUAUAAUUUUGAAAUGAUUAGUUUCGCAGCAUAUUUGGGUGUAUUGGGAACAAAAACAAAGAAAAACAUGUUCAAAUUUACAUAUAAUUCAAUCGUUUUAAAAACAGUUUUUGUUUCUGUUUUUCCUACCAAUACAUGGACACUGCGGGGAGUAAUAUUCCUUUUAUUUUAUUCACGUUGUGCAAAAACAUUGUACAGCUAUUUGUCUCUGAUUGGACAUACCGAGGCACCACUCAGUGAAGGGAUGUUUACAAAAAUGUCCCAUUAAACGAUAAAAUCUCUAUUUUUAUGUCCGAAUACAGGUCUGUCCAAUUAGAGGCAAAUCACUGUAGUUCCGCAAACUAUUUUUGUUUGUUGAGUGAUUUAGGCCAUGUUCUCACUGCAGCGGGGAGUCAACGUGGCGUGAGCGGGGCGUGUUCACUUCUCGCAACGACAUUUUAAUUCACUCACAUUGCACCGUGCCAACGGUGUGUCUUCGGCGUGUUUUAUACUAAUUGUCAAUGUGUAUUUUUGAAUGAAAGAAUGAAAAUUGGUUUAUUUCUAAAUAUUCUAACAUCGUUGGACGAACCGGGACAAAAAUCGGACGGUGAAAAACGUAAAAACUAAACAAAAACGCGAAACAUUAAAAUUAUGUCACUACUACAAUCAAACAUAUGCAAGAGAGAAGCGAAGAAGUACAAAUAUCGCCGGCGUGAUAUUUGAAAUCGCAUAAAAUGUAGAAACUCGAUUUUAUAUACCAUUAUCAAAUUAAGUCGCAAUUCGGUAUAAUAAACAUCAAUUUUAUGAUGUACAUUGUCGUAAAAUAUAUUUAAUCCGCAUCAUAUGCGUAUAUUACGCUGAUGCAGUUUGUGUGUCGUAUAAGCGUAUAAUUUAAAUCGAUUCAGUACUGUAGUAAAUCGUGUUGCAUGCUGAAGAAAAUCAUGAAACAGUAAAUCAUAUUAGAUCCUAAUAAAGAACAUAUUACAUCAUAUUGAAAUGUCAAUGAUGCCCUCGAACGUUUUAACCGCUGUUGAAUUAAAUUUCAGAUAGCCG